UAUCUCGCGUCAGUGCUAGUGACGUGGACUGCGAUAGAGAGUUUCUUUGCCAAAUGUGACUCAGCCAUCAUAUAAAACGGCAGUAUUUGCUUUACAAGCCACAAUCCGUACCGGACCAUUGCGCGAGGAACAUUGAUAUAUUUUUAAUUGCAUUUAAAUGUUUGUAAACGGUCUUGAAGUUAUCAGUACUAGAUUGGAACACAUUCGCUUGGAUAUAAAAGACAACAUGCAACCAAAAUCAGAUAGACCACCGGUGUGCCCUAACAAUCGGCUACCCCAGUUACACAUAACACCAUCAAGUAAUACACAGAAGAAGGACAACCAUACUAACCAUGAUACGGACAGUACCAGCCUACUGAAGCCCCAUCAUGACAUUCCAGCGACGCCACCACCUCAAACCAAGUCUCAAUCAUUCUUCCCUCAGAGAAUAGGGUAGCUCCAAUAAUGAAGAAUAUCGAAUAAACUUUGUUAUGGCAACUUGCCAUUUGUCGGAACACGGGCUUAAAAUAUAAAAAUAUGCCUUUGAUACGUAAAUGUCGAGACGGGAGAAGCUUUAGCCAAAUUAUGUGCUGAAAUGCGUCAACGGACAAUUUGCGGUGCGCCGGUCAAUUUGUUUUUUGCUCGCCUUUUGUUAGAUGGCGCGGGGACAAUUGAAUAUGUCCCUGAUCUAACCAUAUUAAGCAUUGUACUGAUAUUUCCUUUUGUACAGAUAGUGUAAACGGGUGUAGUGUUACCAAUUAUUCUUGGUUGUGGUGUAGAUAUAACAGAAUAAGAAUGAAAAUGGAUCAGUUUCUCGGAAAGUGCUAUUGUGGAUAGAAUAACCUAUAAGAUUUGGAAAAUUAGCAAUAUGUAGCAAUAUGUAAACAAAAGAAUAUUUAUUUCUGUUACCUGUAAGAUAAUAAUUGCUAUAAUA